AUGUCCUCAGCCUCAGUCCCUAGAUCCGCCAUCCGCGCAUUGUCGCGAGCCAGACCCUCCGUGCGCCCCCGCACCGCGCAACGGCUCGCCACAUCCCAACCUGCGCCGCGCUGCCUCUCUCAGGUUGCCAGUCCUAUCACCUCCGUACGCCACAGGCCGAGCCCUGUAUCUCCUCGUAAUGCGUUCCGCAUUGGAGUCAGCGAGAGCCGCCGGACAAUGUUCAUCCAAACCGAGAACACUCCCAACCCCGACGCCCUCAAAUUCAACCCUAACACACGCGUUCUUCCUGAGGGCUUCCCCUCUACUUUCCUCGAGUACAUGUCGCCUCGCUCCACUCUUCAGCCGCCGCACCCCUCGCCGCUUGCCGCUAAGCUACUCAACGUCGACGGCAUCACAUCCGUUUUCUUCGGUGCCGAUUAUAUCACUGUUACCAAGGACAGCUCUGUCCCCUGGGCGCAUUUAAAGCCUGAGGUGUUCAGCCUGAUCAGCGAGUUUGUGGCAUCGGGACAGGCCAUGGUGAACAUCACGCAAGGCAAUGCAGGUGAAGGGCAGGAAACGGAGCAGGAUAGCUUGGCUUUCGAUGAGAAUGAUGAUGAGGUCGUUGGAAUGAUCAAGGAACUGCUGGAGACACGCAUUCGCCCAGCGAUCCAAGAAGAUGGUGGCGAUAUCGAGUUCCGGGGCUUCCAUGAUGGCCAGGUUCUGCUCAAGCUGAGGGGUGCAUGCCGGACGUGCGACUCCUCUACUGUCACCCUAAAGAACGGCAUUGAAAGCAUGCUGAUGCAUUACAUUGAGGAGGUCCAGGGUGUGCAGCAGGUUAUGGAUGAGGAGGAAGAGGUCGCCAUGAAGGAGUUUGCUAAAUUUGAGGAGAAGCUCCGCCAACAGAAGGGUCCCGAUGCGGCACCGACGACGGUCGGUAAGGGCAGCCUGGACUUCGUCGAAUAAAACACACAAUGGUAGUUGGGCCGUUUGAGAAUUAAAGGUGGUCGCGUCCGGAUUGAAGUUUACUACGUAGAGCACCAACACACAGUCUAAGAUACCAACGCUAAAAGCGUAAUGGAGAUAAUGCCAAACAUUCAUUUGUCAUAGUUGUGUUGUUAUUAUACACGGAGUAUGAUAAAAUGUAUGUUCGUCUAAG